AUGUCUGAUGACUCAUUACUUGAAAAUGAUGACGUUGAAGCGGUUGGGAAGAUGGACAACCAGCUGCAAUAUGAUAAGGAUUGUGACCAUAAGCGUCUGAAACUACAACUUGGAAUGCAGUUUAAAGAUGUGGAAGAAUGUAAAUCUGCAGUUAAGUUGUGGGCAAUUAUGAAUGGUUACAAUAUCAGAUGGGUGAAAUCUGAAUUUGAUAGAGUAAAAGCUAUUUGUGAAAAAGAAUGUCCUUGGAAGUUGUACGCUAGCACUUUAACACGUGAACCAACAUGUGUUAUCAAGACAUAUGUUGGUGAACAUGAUUGUGUAAGGCCUCUUCACAAUAGACAGGCUACUUCAGGAUGGAUUGCAGAACAAAUGUUUGAGCAUAUAAAGAGUAAUCCUUUGAUGAGAGCGCAAGAAAUACAACUGCUGCUUAGGAAGAAAUACAAUACUCGAGUGGAACUUUUGCAAUGCUAUAGGGCCAAGGACACAGCUUUGAAAAAGUUACGAGGAACCCUUGAAGAACAUUAUGCUAAGCUCAGAUCCUAUAUUUCAGAAUUGCAAAAAAGAGACACAGAUGGCAAUUUCUGUGUCAAAACAUAUUUGGAUAACGCCGAAAAGCCAGUAUUUCAGCGAGUAUACAUAGGUUUCUCUGCACUUCGUAAAGGAUUUUUCAUUGGAUGCAGAAAGUUUCUAUCAUUCGAUGCUUGUUUUCUUAAAACUACAGUUGGAGGGGCCUUACUUGCUGCAGUAUCAAAGGAUUGUAACCAAAAGAUGUAUCCGGUGGCUUGGGCAGUUGUGGAAAAGGAAAACGAAGAGACGUGGACGUGGUUUAUGGAGAAGUUGUUUGAAGAUUUUAGGAUUGGUGAUGGCUUUGGCUGGACUUUUAUGAGUGACAAACAAAAGGGUUUGAUUAAUGCAGUCCUCAUGUUGGCACCAAAUGCCGAGCACAGGCAUUGUGCUCGACAUAUUUAUGCCAAUUGGAAGAAGAAAUAUGCUGGGCCAAAGUUCCAACUUCUUUUCUGGAAUGUAGUGAAAAGCACAUGUCAGUCUGAAUAUAAUGCCAAUUUGGAUCAGCUGCGCGCAGAGUCGAACGAUGCCGCUGAGGACUUCUUGAGUCAGAAUCCUAAGACUUUUUGUAAGUCUCAGAUAAACUCAUAUACCAAACUUGAUACGGUGGAUAACAAUAUUUGUGAAGCUUUCAACAGUUACAUACUGAAGUUUAGGGACAAUCUUUUGAUAGACAUGCUUGAUGGGAUAAGGGUGCAACUGAUGACGAGGAUAUAUAAUCUGCACCAAGUUGCUGAAAGUAGCAAACAUGUCUUGUGCCUUAAUAUUAAAAAAAAAUUAGAAGAUGAUCUGAAACGUAUCAAUGAGUGUGAAGUUCAACCGACGGUGGGGGCAAAGUAUGAGGUUCACAUGUUUGAUGAUACACAUAUAGUUGAUCUUGUUCAGAGAGAUUGUAGUUGCCGGUAUUGGCAUCUUACCGGGCUGCCUUGUUAUCAUGCUUUGGCAAGCCUUGUACAUUGUAGGGAGGAUUAUGUGAGUUAUGUUGAUAGGUUUUACUACAAUUCCAAUUGGCAAGCAUGUUAUAGAAUUGGUUUACAACCAAUACAAGGAGAAAAAGAAUGGCCUUCGGUGAAUGAACCACCUGUGCUCCCACCUGUGUAUCAAAAGCAGCCCGGUAGACCCAAGAAGAUUAGAAAACGAGCGCGCGAUGAGCCUAAAAAGUCUGGAGAUGCCAAGUUAUCCAAGAAAGGAAAGGUAAAGAUGACUUGUAGGAAAUGUGGUGGGAUUGACCACAAUAAAAGGACAUGUAAAGCAGAAACCACCCUUGAGACAAAUGAGUUGAAGAGGCCAAGAGGAAGACCGAGAAAGAACACUAUAAGCUCAAGCAAUGCUUCAACACUUGGUGAUCAACCGACAAGUUCAAAGACGAGAGGAAGACCAAGAGGGAGCACUUCAAACCAAAAUAAUCUUGUUAUCAACACAGAGCAAAGAUUGGCAAGCCAAGGCUUCGGUUUGUUGGUGGCUGAUUCUGGAAAUGUGUAUAUGAGAAAUCCAGGUGGAAGAAGAGUGCAAGUUAUUCAUCAAGUUGGAUCCAGUCAAAAUUCACAAAUUACUGAUGGCCCAACACCUCCUUAAUAUAGAUGUCUAUGCUUAGAUUUGGUUUUUUGUCAUGAUCCUAAACUUUGAGGUUGUUAUUAGCGUUUUUUGGUGAUAUAUCCAACAACUUGAGAUGUAUUUCUGGUAACAACUUUUUUGUCUAUGAACAGCAUUUUUUGGUGAUA